GGGGUGAUUUGUCGUCUCCUCUGCUCCCUUGCUCUCCCGGACUUAGGCAGUCUUCCACCGUGCUGAUUCGCAGGUGAGCAGCGCUGUAGCGCCGCUGUCCGGCAAGCUCACCUUGCACAGCCCAGCGCUGGCGCAAAACUCUGGUACCCUGAAUGAUGAAGAACCCGAUGAUGGAAGCAGUGUCUCUCCUCCUGGAGAAGUUGCUCCUCAUCUCCAACUUCAAGCUCUUGGGCGUGUGCGCUCCUGGAGGAGGGACAGGGAGGAACCGUCCCUAUGAAAUCAGCUCUUUUCUCCGGGGCGAUGUGCUGGAGGUGUCACGGACUCAUUUUACCCACUACGGGAUCUACCUGGGAAACAACCGUGUAGCCCAUCUAAUGCCUGACAUCCUGUUGGCACUGACCAAUGACAAGGGACGUACUCAGAAAGUGGUCUCCAAUAAGCGUCUCAUCCCCGGAGUCAUUUGCAAGGUGGCCAGCAUCCGUGUGGACACAGUAGAGGACUUUGCCUACGGAGCAGACAUCCUCGUCAAUCACCUAGACGAGACUCUCAAGCAGAAAUCAUUGCACAACGAGGAGGUGGCAUGCAGGGCUGAGCAGCAAUUGGGGCUGACCCCCUACAGCCUACUGUGGAACAACUGCGAACACUUUGUGACUUACUGCAGAUAUGGCGCUCGGAUCAGUCCGCAGGCUGAGAAGUUUUAUGAGACUGUGAAGAUCAUCAUUCGUGAUCAGAGGAGCUGUCUUGCUUCAGCUGUCUUGGGACUGCUGUCCAUUGUCUACGCUGGCCUGGCACCAUAUACGGCCCUUCCUGCCCUCUAUAUUCCAUUCUGCUUGUGGAUGAUGUCUGGCUAGCUUCCAGCCGUCACGUGAAUGUGUAUGUAUUUUCUGUGGGAC